UCUUAAACGGAACUCUGAACUGGUCCGUUUUUCUUAAACGAAACUCUGAACUGCUUCCUAGUUCUGUUUUUCUUUUACGGAACUUGUACCAAGACCCGCAAAGCGUAUACAUGAUUAGUUCCGUUUUACUUAAACGGAACUCGGAACCAGCUUCACGCUCCCUGAAAUGUAUGUUUUCAACUUUGUCGGUAUUGAUUUAAUUAGGAAUUCAAUGUUUUAAAUACUCACUAUGCAGUGUUGUUUAGCCUUUUUAUGAUGAUUUACCAGUAAGAGAGAGAACAAAAUGUCGUGACUAGUUGAAAAUACUUGAAGAACAUGUCUGAAUCUGAAUAAAUCGAUAGCUUAGCGACACGCAUGUCAUGUUACCUGAUCAAUACAGAUACGCUGUGUCGCCUAUCAGAACGGAAUCUCUCGCGCGAAUCUCUAGACGGAGUAACUAGGUAUAGUUUGGAAGAUACUCGUUGGUUUAUAAAAAAUAUCUUAAUACACGUAUCACCUAAGUAAGCCGAACACAUUUGCCACAGGAACAAUAGGUAUUAUUAUCGUAGAAUUGUUAUUUACUGUCAAAGAAGCGGCACUUUUAACUGGUGUCUAUUAAACCGUUUUUUCUUCUAAAUCUCUAGUAAAAUAUACAAUUAACAUCAUAUCGGAUUGGGAAAUGGAAAACAAAGUGUUGAUUACGUCUCCGCGUGAAAAUUCAGAUACUUCGCAUGAUUUCCUGAACAAAACUAGAUUUUCUUAUAUCUAAGCGAUUUAGAUAAAGAGAGAUAAAGAACAAGAACUCGUUUGGAUGUUUUGCUAAUAUCUUAGAGUAUGUUUCUCGUAGUGAUAUAUUUAGUACUGCUUUCUACGGUGUUUGUUACGUGUACGGAUAAUUGUGUGGUUUCCGACUUCAUACAACCAUGCGGACAGGUGUCGUAUUUAGACCCCGCCGUGAAUAUUGGAGGCGUGAACGGUCAGUCAAUAUCGAGAUCUCGUCUAGAAUGUGCCCAGUUAUGUGGAAUGGAGAGUUCGUGCAUUGGAUUCAAUAUUUGUCAAAACGACACUAAAAACUUUAGUUGCGAACAUCUGACUCAACUCAUUCAAGGUUUUUCCUGUGGACUUAUAGAGGCUCGGACGAAUUGUACUUUCCAAAUAAAGGUAAGUGGAAUUAGAUAUAUUCGUGUUGACAUCAGCAAAGUGAUCAAAGAAACAAUCGUGGUCAGAGAAAUGACGACGAUAUCAUUGACCUUAUUACUGAAUUAUGUACAUUUAUUGCACUAUAUCGUGCAUACAUGUAUGUACUCACGUCUUAGUUAUCUGAUAUUUUUCUUUUCUUUGUUUAGUCUUUUCUGCUAAUAAUAUAAAAUUACCAGAGAAGACCACAUUUUGACUAUUUAUAUCCCAGCCAUAUUUGGAGGAUUAACCUGAUAUAAGUUUCGGAUCAUAUAACGGCACUUUUAUAUGUUGCUUUCCUAAGUUAUCGGAGGUAAAACAGAAAUUGCAGAACCUGAACGAGCGCUUUAAACAAGUUUUGAAUUUCCAAGUGUCUUCUUAUUGCAUUCUAGAGCACGUACAACCCAACAGCAUACCUUGAGAAGGCAGAGGACACCCUAACAGCUGCCGGUUGUCCGUCGGAUGCUUUUAUGCUGAACGAAUAUCACACUUGUUAUUGGGCCGUGCAGAAUUCCCAUGCAUACGUGAACCUUACCGCCUGCGAGGACACUGGAGGAUACCUGGCUGUUCUCCCAAGCGGAGCUGUUAUGGAAAAACUUGUUAAGCUUAUUGAGGACGCUGGGUCCAUUUCCACAUCUAACUACUACUGGAUCGAUGUGAAUGACCUGGACGAGGAAGGGACCUAUAUAAAUAGGUUCGGACCGGUCAGUUGGACUGCGUGGGAUUCCGGUCAGCCAAACGACGAUAGGGAAACAGAGGACCAAGACUGUACCAUUAUGUCACCCAGGUACUCGUACGAAUGGCACGACAGGAACUGUCUGAACGAGGCGGGCUACUAUUCCCUGUGUUUCUUCUACCCUAGUGGAGACGGAUACCGUAGGAGAUACGUUAUACACACUGACGCUACCAACACGACAUAUGGAAACGUGACGGAGCUGAUAUCAGACAUCGACAGAGGGGUUGCAGUGCGAGUCCUGAUACAAGGAAUACCGGGAAUGUUUGACGAUCUUGUAUUGCAGGCCGACGCUAUUUUCACUUACCAUGAUGGUGUUGAGAGAAGAUGUGUACAGUCUGUACACAAUAUGGUUUUACAGUCAUCCUACUUGCUCCGAAUUGUGUUGUUUGCAUGCACCACAGGGUCACUUCGAGUCGAAACUUGGGCAAACGGUGCACAAACAGAAGUUUCUUACGGAGUCCUGAUGACCUGGUUCACCACUGACUAUCCCACUUUAAAAGUUCUUCAGACGUCUGGUGCUCCCCCGGACGCAAGUUUCAAUUUAACAGAAGCAAUUAUUGCUGGGAAAGAUUUCAUGGUCCUGCUGGGAACUGCUCGAUAUCCUCUACAUGACAUGUACUAUGGAACGAAUGUGACAGGACAGUUCUCAUGGGUCGCAUCUAAGACGAACUGGACAAGUGUCAUGAUAGAUUACGAAGGUUAUAUCCACAAGGUCGAUUGGUGGGAUUCAAAUGUUCACACAUUCAACAAACAAUCCGAGUCGUACGCCUUCUUAAUGGCCGACAAUUGGAACGUGGUGUAUUCAAAUACAGGUGACGGUACAAUUAUGCUGCUUGCAAAUUAUAUCAGUGCUGGACAUGAGGUCAAGGUCGAUAUAGGUGGACGUGUAUCCACAGUAGAAAUGAUAUUUAUGAAAUCCUAUCAAAUACAUGCGCUACUUUCGUCGGAGUUGGUAUCGGAUACCAUGCAAACCGACCUCAAAAGAACUGUAACAAUAGUAUCUUCCUCGGGUAAAAUAGUAACAUACGAGUUUGGGUUUGAGCAGAACACUUACCUGAAUGAACAUACCACAAAGACGACAGUGCGCUGGUUAGUUGAUACAAGCUCUGUUUGGACUGAAAUAUACAGGACGGACUCUACCGACUCAUCCUCUGAUCAAGGAGUUUUCACUUUACACGAUGCCUUAUAUAAUGGACAACCAAUUCGACUGAAGGUCGAUACAACUGGAGACUACAGUGUGUUUUUUACAGCAGAUUUUGUAACUCGUAUCUCGAGUUCCGAUACGUAUACUGCGCGGUAUAGCCGCGGCUUUUCCUUUAGGAAUCUAGAUGAGGGGGGUAUAGCGAUCAAUUCACCCGUACACCACUUGCAUAUAGAAGUGACUAGUGAGGGAGACUGUCAGGUUAUUACUAUUCCUAAUGGAAUAUCUGCCGUAAACACAAGCAGUUCUGUACCUGCUAAAAUCACAUGGUAUUCAAAACCUUAUAUAUUCUGAAUCGUGCAUAGGGUAUCGUAUAUGAAUCCGACGAUUCCUGGGAUUAAAUGGUUAUUGUAGAAUCGUGCGCAAUAGGAAUGCUGGCAUUUGUCAUUUUGUUUUUAGAAAUAAGUGGCUAAAUUGGGGUGUUCUCUCUUCAUAUAUAUAUGUUUUUGUAGACAUCGCUGUUUUUCAGGUCAUCUCGCUAAACUUUUAAUUGGUAAAAAUAUUUGGCCAGUACAAAUAAUUUGGCUCACAUCUGUUGCUGGCCUUACGUAUUAUGUAUCAAAAUGAACAUAAAAACGCACCAAUAAACAUAUUAAAAAGCAAAGAUGAGCAUCAAAAUUACAAAUUACACCAUAUUUGAAGGUAUAUUUGUGGCGAAGAUGGAGGGAGAGGUUUCUUUUUUUUUGAAACAGACACUUAAGUUCGUUAUGUCAAAAAAUGUACUAAUAACAUUUUCAAAGAUGAUGACGGUGAACUCUUUUUCUGAAAAAGAUAUGGACACUAAUGACCAAUAAGGUUCGACCUUAAACAACUGACCCGUAUGUAAUAUCCCAAAAGGGGAGCGCAAGCUAUCCGAAAAAAAUGGUGACGUAAGCAAAAAAAUGUGCUUGUAAACAAACUGUUGCGAUGUACGUAAUGUGUGAUAUUCGUCUAAAUAUAUUGACACUUUACACAUAUGAUUAAUAUUUUCAUUAUUCAUGGUUAAUAUAUACUUUGUGGAAUGCAUUCAAUUGCUAAAUUUAAUGCCAAUGUGCAAUAUAUAAAUGUACGUAUGAAGCAUCAACAUAUGAGUGUCUAAACAAAAAAAACAUCUCUAUUUCCAGGAUGCGUAUCUCAAGGUGUUUUGUUAUCUAUGCAUCUAUAGGAUACGUAUCUCAAGGUGCUUUAUUAUCUAUGUAACGUUCUUCAUCAUUUUCCACUGAUAUGCACUCACCUGAUGUUUUAUCAAUACACGGAACAAUAUUGUUAUUUGUGUAUGAUAAAAUCUGCCGACAGUUUACAAUCACAAUUCGCGCUUUUGGAAAUUCAUCUUACCUUGUCAUUGCCCCUGAAUAUAACCGGAACACAAAUCUUGUGUUUUUAUUAUGUUUUAUAUCUGUGAAGUAUGUGUAACAUGUCACGAACAUUUUAAUACAUAAUGACUGUCAUACAGUUAUAGCGUGAUGCUAGACAACAAGGUUACGCGCCGUGAGAACUGACCAUUUCUACCAUUAUCUGCUGAUUUAAAGUAAGCUUUGUUAAUUUCCCACUUACAAAGAGCUUAUCAGUUUGGUUAGAUAGAUGAUUUCAGCAUAGUUUAUUUUUUGUUGUUGACACCAUUCGGUCAUUUAAGGACUGUGUCCAUUAAUGAUGGCGCCAAUGUUGUAGAUUGUCAAUUCAAUUCAAUUCAACUUUAUUCCGUAAGUUUUACAACUUAUUGGAUAACAUAAUAUACAUACAUUUAAGGACAAAGGCAUCCACUCUUACAUAAUUCAUCAUUCAUUCUACAAAAUAGUACUUACUCUCUUCACAUACA